UCCUCCCGCCCGCGCCCCGCGCCUGGCCGCCGAGUCGGGCCCCUGCGCGCGGGCGGCGGGCAGCAUGCUGAGCCUCCUCGUCUGGAUCCUCACUCUCUCCGACACUUUCUCGCAAGGGACCCAGACCCGCUUCAGCCAGGAGCCGGCCGACCAGACGGUGGUGGCGGGCCAGCGGGCCGUGCUCCCCUGCGUGCUGCUCAACUACUCGGGCAUCGUGCAAUGGACCAAGGACGGGCUGGCGCUGGGCAUGGGCCAGGGCCUCAAAGCGUGGCCACGGUACCGGGUCGUGGGCUCCGCGGACGCUGGCCAGUACAACCUGGAGAUCACGGACGCCGAGCUGUCCGACGACGCGUCCUACGAGUGCCAGGCCACGGAGGCCGCCCUGCGCUCGCGGCGGGCCAAGCUCACCGUGCUGAUCCCCCCCGAGGACACCAGGAUCGACGGCGGCCCCGUGCUCCUGCUGCAGGCCGGCACCCCGCACAACCUCACCUGCCGAGCCUUCAACGCCAAGCCGGCCGCCACCAUCAUCUGGUUCCGGGACGGGACGCAGCAGGAGGGCGCCGUGGCCAGCACGGAACUGCUGAAGGACGGCAAGAGAGAGACCACCGUCAGCCAGCUGCUCAUUAACCCCACAGACCUGGACAUCGGGCGCGUGUUCACCUGCCGCAGCGUGAACGAGGCCGUCCCGACUGGCAAGGAGACCUCCAUCGAGCUGGACGUGCACCACCCUCCCACGGUGACCCUGUCCAUCGAGCCACAGACGGUGCAGGAGGGCGAGCGUGUCGUCUUCACGUGCCAGGCCACGGCCAACCCCGAGAUCCUGGGCUACAGGUGGGCCAAGGGCGGGUUCGUGAUCGAGGACGCCCACGAGAGUCGCUACGAGACCAACGUGGACUAUUCCUUCUUCACGGAGCCGGUGUCCUGUGAGGUCCACAACAAAGUGGGCAGCACCAACGUCAGCACCUUGGUGAACGUGCACUUCGCCCCCCGGAUCGUCGUGGACCCCAAGCCCACGACCACAGACAUCGGCUCCGACGUGACGCUCACCUGCGUCUGGGUGGGCAAUCCCCCCCUCACCCUCACCUGGACCAAAAAGGAUUCAAACAUGGGGCCCAGGCCUCCUGGCUCCCCACCCGAGGCUGCUCUCUCUGCCCAGGUCCUGAGUAACAGCAACCAGCUGCUGUUGAAGUCCGUGACCCAGGCCGAUGCCGGCACCUACACCUGCCGCGCCAUCGUGCCUCGGAUCGGCGUGGCCGAGAGGGAGGUGCCCCUCUACGUGAAUGGGCCGCCCAUCAUCUCCAGCGAGGCGGUGCAGUACGCCGUCAGGGGCGACGGCGGCAAGGUGGAGUGCUUCAUCGGGAGCACGCCGCCCCCCGACCGCAUAGCCUGGGCAUGGAAGGAGAACUUCCUGGAGGUGGGGACCCUGGAGCGCUACACGGUGGAGCGGACCAACUCGGGCAGCGGGGUGCUGUCCACCCUCACCAUCAACAACGUCAUGGAGGCCGACUUUCAGACCCACUACAACUGCACGGCCUGGAACAGCUUUGGGCCGGGCACGGCCAUCAUCCAGCUGGAAGAGCGAGAAGUGCUGCCCGUGGGGGUCAUCGCGGGGGCCACCAUUGGCGCGGGCGUCCUGCUCACCUUCUUCUUCAUCGCCCUGGUGUUUUUUCUCUACCGCCGCCGCAAAGGCAGCCGCAAGGACGUGACCCUGCGGAAGCUGGACAUCAAGGUGGAGACCGUGAACCGCGAGCCACUCACGAUGCAUUCCGACCGGGAGGAUGACACUGCCAGCGUGUCCACUGCCACUCGGGUCAUGAAGGCCAUCUACUCGUCCUUCAAGGAUGACGUGGACCUGAAGCAGGACCUGCGCUGCGACGCCAUGGACACGCGGGAGGAGUACGAGAUGAAGGACCCCACCAACGGCUACUACAACGUGCGCGCCCACGAGGACCGGCCUGCGUCCCGGGCCGUGCUCUACGCCGACUACCGCGCCCCGGGGCCCGCGCGCUUCGACGGCCGCCCCGCCUCCCGCCUGUCGCACUCGAGCGGCUACGCGCAGCUCAGCUCCUACAGCCGCGCCCCCGCGUCCGACUUCGGGCCGGAGCCCCCCGCCGCCGGGCCCCCUAACGCCGCGGGCGCCGACGGGGCGGGCGCGCUGUCCUACGAGAACUACGACAAGUUCGGCCCGCACCCGUUCCCCGCGGCCGCCGGCUUCCCGGGCUACCGGCUGGGCUACCCGCAGGCGCCGGCCGGGCUGGAGCGGACCCCGUUCGAGGCCUACGACCCCAUCGGCAAGUACGCGACGGCCACGCGCUUCUCCUACACGUCGCAGCACUCGGACUUCGGGCAGCGCUUCCAGCAGCGCAUGCAGACGCACGUGUAGGCGCGCGCCCGGCCGGCGGCCCCGGCCUUCGGGGAGCGGGUCUCCCGGAAACACCCCGUCCCGAGGAUGGUGCUCCGCAAGCCCCGGCCUCCCGGGCCUGCCCUUCCCUCUUCUUCGGGAGGACGUGUCUCCUCCGACCUGUGCCCUCGCCCUGCGCCGGCGCGGCCCCGGGGAGCCAGGUGCUGGGGCGCGCGGGGCCCCGGGUGCGCAGGGGGCGCGCGCACGGGUGGGUGGAAACGCGGUGGCCCGGCCCGGCCCUCGCAGUCCCCUCCCGGGCUGCAGCUGCAGCGGGGACCUCGGGUCAGCGUUAGCGGGCGCGCCCCAGCUCGCAUCCAGCCCUCAUCCCGCUGCCACCCGCGCGCCCGUGGGGACACCUGCGCCUCGGCCUGCAGAGGAUCCAGAUUUCUCCAGUAGCUGCUUUCUUUCCCGUCCGUGCAGAGCCAGCCAGUUAGAUGGGGGGCGGCGGGGGGGGGGCACCGGGUGCUGACAGCCAGCCCCCCGGGACCCCUCUGCCCGAGCCCCUUCCUGCCCCGACGCCCGCAUCCCGGCUUCAACUCUGGGGCCUGUGCCAGCGGGUGGCAUCGGGGUGGGAUGCCACAGGCUAGGUUUCAAAGACAACAACAACAACAACAAAAAAAAACAAUGAAAACCUCAUUCGGGGAGACAAAAUAAAAGAGCUGUAGGGAGUCCCCGCUCCCGCCCCCGCGCAGAGCCCCGAUGGGAGGGAAAGGGGACACCCGUUCUCUGCUAGAUUCCCAGCACCGUCCAUUUACUCUGAAUUUCCAAGCACUUUGAAUCCAUUUUUAAACAUUCAGGUGGUAAGACCUGUCCGGAGGCUGUGACAGGCUCGGGGAGGGGCCCGGCCCUCAGGAGGCCGCCACUCGGGGGGCGCAGGCCGCAGUGUCCGGAGACAGCUUUGGGUUUGUUGUUGAGUCUUUUUUUUUUUUUUAAUUUUGUUUCUUGGACCAAUCAGAUUCCUCCUUUCACUUCCAGUGCCUUGAGUGUCCAGCUUCGGUCGAGGGCCCAGUGUGGGGGGCCACAGGGGACGGGUAUCGCCAGCCCCAGACACGCUGUCAGGUGUCGGCGGGAGAGGGGCCUGGAGGGGAGGGGAGGGCCGCCCCGGGCAGGUGGCGCAGGAGGGCACUGCAGGCAGUCACGCCCAUGCUGUCCCCACACGCACAUUCCACGCGGCCAUUCCCAGCCACCACCUCUGACCAAAGAGAACUGUGCCCCCACCCGGGCUCCCCGGCACCCGCGUGCUCUCUCUCGUGGUCACCACUCAUUAGUCCUGUUUGCUUUAACGACUUACAUGCUCAUCAGCCACGGGCCAUCGCCACCUUGCGGAUGGGUCUGCGGGGUGACAUUCCUCACCCGCCCUGGGAGGGACGGACCGGCUAAUGCCCAGCCCGUGGGCUGCCCCUGCGUGCCCCCCCCCCCCCCCCCCCCCCCCCCCCCCCCCGGCAGCCACAGGGGCUCCAGCUGUGCCUGCCCCUCCCCCGGGGCUGGCCCUCCCUCAGCGUCCCCCUGGGCGAGCCCGGGACAGGCCUGGGAAGGGUGCAGGUUCCCAUGCGGGUGGAUUCCUGCCUGGCCUGACGGUCGUCGCAGAAACAAGCCGCACGCAGCCCGGCCCGCUCACCUCUGAACACCACGAUGGCUUUUUUAAACACGAGCGUCCCAGAAACUGUUCAUUUGGACUCGGGGUUUGGCCGCAUUGUGACUCCUCCCUUCCUGUGUCAGUGCUGGGCCCACUCGGCCGAAACGAUGAUGCGGAGGCACCCGGGGUCUCUAGCCACUGGCCACCUCGGCUGACGGCUCGGGACCGUGGGUUUCCAGACACCUGUGAGCGGAGCCCCUUCCCUGCUCUGGGCACGGCUUGGGGGACCUCAGCGCCCCAGGCCCUCCCCGCCCCCCGCCUCUUGCAUGCUGGUCUGAUGGAGGGCUGCCAUCCUGGUCUUGCUGUUUGUUUGGGGAGGUGGAGGCCCAGCGCCAGGGUGGGGAGCGGGGGGCAGUACGCCAGCGGGGCAGGGGGCGCCGGAGGGGCUCCUCUGGGAGGGUGCUUUGGCUGUGGGCCUCUGGUUGGACGUGUGGGGGACACGCGCCUGCAGGGUGUUCUGGGGGCCGCAUGUGAGGUGGGUGUGGGGCGAUCUCUGGCCCCCGCCCGACUCCUGUGUGUGGCCAGGCCCGGGCGUGGGCUGCGUCCCCUGGUGCCCGGCUCCAGGCAGCCUGGACCAAGGGGAAGGGCCGCAGCCGCCCUCGCUGGGCGCGGAGAAGCCGGGGUGCCCCCAGCACACGGGGAGGUGAGCGCGCUGCCCCCUCCGUGCAGCCGAGAGACCCAGGAGGGUAGAGCGUUGUGACACAGACUCCGAAUGUCCCAGAGGCAGGUGCGACUCUGGGGGAGCUGCAGGGGCUGCCCUGGUGGGGGCCCAGCCCCAGGGUGGUGGUGAGCUCAGGCAGGGGCCCGCAGGGGCGGGGUGCCCUGCCUGGGGAGGGAAGGUCAGCUUGACCCGCCUGCGGGCCCCCCCGCGCCCCUCUUGCCCGACGCAUUGAGAGGGGCAUCUGGGACAGAGCCCCCGUGCCCCCCGCUCUGUGCGGCCCUGCGCUCCUCAGGAUGGAGCCAGGCGGGCUGUGGGGACCCCUGCCCCUGCAUGUCCAGGCCCAGACCUGGCUCCCCACGGCUGCCCCAUCCAUGUGGUGUUCUUCUGCGGGCCCUUCCCGUUAGGGAGUCACGGCGUGUGGAACCGGCAGGGAGCCGGGGACACUCACGCACUCAUCAGGGGACAGUGCUGGGACAGGCGUGUUUCUGUGAAGAAGCUACAAAGCUCGACUUAGCUCCCCCCUCCCUGGUUCCCCCCACAGCACCUGCCCGCCUGGCCUCCCUGUGCUGCCUUGGGCUCCCUCUGCCAGGUGCGCGGCCAGGUGCGCGGGUGUGCGGCCAGGUGCAUGGGGCCAGGUGCUUGGCCAGGUGCGCGGGACCAGGUGCUUGGCCAGGUGCCCGGGGCCAGGUGCGCGGGGCCAGGUGCGCGGCCAGGUGCGCGCGGGGGCGGGGCGGGGUCAGGCCCGCCGAGCAUCACUGUGAGGGGGGCUCCAGGCCCCGUCCCUGGAGAAACCAUUGCUGCGCAGCAGUCACAGGCCAUAUGGGCGGCUCUGGUACAAGCCUGCCCUGAAAAAUAAUAACGGUAAUAAUAAUAAUAAUGUUAGUAGCUCCGAUUGCGUAGAACUGUCACAUUCCCGCCAGCCUCCUGCCCCUGCCCCUGGCCUCCCGCCCGCCGCAACCCCUGGCCUUCGCUGGGGUGGUGGGCCUGCGGCCUUCUACCUGUGUCUGGGGGUCAGGUGUGCCCCCGCCCCUGGGAACGCCCCCACCGGGGACGGAGCAGCCGAGCGGCCGUGCAGUCCCACUGGGCGCCGCCUGGUAGCGGCCGGACCCGGGGGGGAGGGGGGGCGCCCCGUUCGCCGGGAGGGGGGCUGCGCUCUCCGCCCCGACCAGCCUGGGGUCACGGCCUCCACUCCCGGCUCCGGCUGCAUUUUGUCCUCCCGAACCCCAAUAAUAAACGGAUCCAUGAUGACGAUUAAGAGAAGAGAGAAAAGAAUAUUAUUUUUGUUAGGACAGACCAUCGUAGGUUUUUAGCAACGUGUGUCUGUGUGCCCUCACGCCUUUUCCUACUCUGUUUUCAUUUUCCUUUUUUUUAAAUAUUAUGUACUAUAUUUUUAGUCUCAAACACACUAUAUAUUAUAUAUAUUUAAUUUUUUUAUAUAUAUAAAUAUAAAUGUUUUAAAAAGUA